UAUAUUAACGUUCGGAGGAGUAUGCAUUAACUAUCGGAGUGUAAGAAUUUGUAUAUAUAAGUAUACAUGUGUGUGUGUGCGCGCGUGUUUCUUCCUGAAGAUUUGUGGACAAGAUUGCUAUUAGCUCAGUCUACACUAGUUGUCAUUUUAUCUUUUAUACCAACAACUUUUUCUCCUGGAGAAUACGUGAAAAACAAUUGUUAAUUAACCGUCGAUCAGAUACAAAAUGUUCAUGGAUCACGUGCUAAAAGGUCACACGUGUUGGCAUGUCGUAUUUUAAGUAUUUCCGAAGUAUGUAUGUGUAUAAAGAGGUGGUACAGCGAAUAGUGCAUUUACCCUCUAAUUUCGUUUGAAUACGAAGAUCGCACGAGAAUAGAAUCUUCUGUGUAAUACGAGCCGACUCCCUGAUAUAGAGCUUUCUCUUGGGCGGUUAUUUUUAACCGAUCCUACUGUACUGUCCAGACGCUCGGUGUAACGUAGAAAAAGCGUACAACCACGGUACUGAAGGUUUUCACGAUCUAGAGAUACCAAUCGACUGCACAGUACAAUUUUGUUCAAAGUAUUCAUUGUUCUGAACAGUCUUUAACAUUGUCCCGUUCGAUACAAUAAUUGAUAUUAACGAUCGACAUUUUAGCAACAGAAAUAUCAACGAUAUUCCUAAUUUAGCACAACUGAGUAAUUCAUAUUUGCUGGCUGACACAAUGAGUGUGUCAAAGGGCAAGGCUAGUUUUAAGGAGUUUGCUCUGGGAGGACUGCCAGUUGGCUUUUGGCUGUGACAGAUGAAAGUUGCUUAGCUUCUGUGAAAACCAACUGGAUACUCCUUAAUGCAAAUAAUAUGUUUGAAUCGUCUGUGUGCCAGAUUUGAGAAACUGUCAGCUUAAUAAGAGUACCAAUAAAGUUGAAAUACAAAGGAAGCUAAAAUUAUAACGAAGCAAUCAUGACUACCUCAGAUAAUGUGAAGAAGUGUGUGGCCAUUUUGAAGUCUGCUGAGUCAGACUCAGAGAAGUUCGCCGCCUUGUUUAUGGUCACAAAAUUGGUGAAUGCCAAAGAUUGUACACCAGUGGAUAAAAGAAUGCUGUUCGAAGCUACAGGAACCAAGUUCCUAAAGAAAUUGUUAUGCUCGAAGGACAACGCCGUGGACUGCCCUCCACAAGUAUACAAGUCUGUCGCACUAUCUAUACUCUCUGCGUUUUGUGGAGAGCCAGAAUUAGCUUCUCAUCCUGAUAUGAUUACUCAUGUACCUGCGCUACUUGAAAUCGUAUCUGAAGGGGACGAGGACGCGGACAGCGAUAUGUUGAUUACUGUUAGCGAGGCAUAUACGUGCUUGAAGCACAUUGCUGAUUACCCUCCAGGGAAGGAAGCUUUGAUCCAGCAGAAUGCUAUUUCCAAGAUGUGUGAAAUUUAUUCGGAGAAAAGUUUUCAAACAGAUCAGGCUUUAAACAUAUUGGUCACUCUUGCCAAUCCGGAGGCAUGGGAUGCAACUGAUGCCGCACCCUUCCACGCUAUUAUGAAUAAAAUCGCGUUAGACUUCGAAACGGAUCAUACGGAGAGAAAGUUUAAUUUGUGCGUUAUUUUAGAAGCUCUACUAUUAUCCUGUAGGAAGAAAAUUAUCAGCGAAACUGCUAAAGAUGAAUCUUGGCUAAGCAGCAUUCACAAAGGUUUGUCCGAUAUUCUUGGAUCGAAGAUAGGCAAGAAUCAGCGUGAUUCAGCAUUAGCUCUUGCUUCUACGAUGAUAUCUUUAUUGGGACCAGAGUGGGCUUUAUCGAACAAAGAGAAGCCGAAAGUAUUUUUCUUAUUGCUGAUUCACCUGGCGUCUAUAGAAGUUCGAAUGCAAUUAGAAGGAAAGCAAUUGAAAGCUGUGGUGGCUAAUACAAAUUUAAUAACAGCUUGCUUCACCAUCCUUGAAGUUUGUGUCGGGUACAUCACCAGCGAUCAAAUAGAUCUCGAUCAGAAAGAGAAGCAGUCAUUGUACACAGCUUUAAAGGGAGCUUUUGGCGCAGUACUAGGUCUAUUAACUGCUGUAUCUAAAAUGAAAGAAGUGAAGGACCCCAGGGAGAGAAUGUUUAUUUGCGCCACGGUAAGAGUACUAGCAGCAUGGCUCGCCCAAGAAACAACAGCUAUGCGUUCGCAAGUUUGCGCGGUGCUGCCUUACAUUCUGACGGUAGCCAAUGAUACGUUUUACGCGCAUAGAAAUAGGAAACUCGCGGAGAAGGCAAAGGCGAAUGCUAAGGCCAAAGGUGACGAGGGAAUGACCUCCGGAGAAGUUACGUACGAUCCGGUAAGCGAGGUUGACUUAUUGAGGCUUCUAUUACCUGCGUUAUGCCACUUGACCGUGGAAGAAGAAGCCAGAAAGAUUUUACUUCAACACAAACAAGAGGAAGUCCUGUUUGAAUGUUUAUCUUACCAUUGGACGAUUGUGCAUUAUAAGAAACCGCCGGUACCGAAGGCAGAGAGAUUGAAGGCGAUAAAAGAGCAAGGAAAAGAAGAAGAAGUAGAUCUCGAAGCUAUCAAGGAUUCGAGGCAGGCUAUGGUCUAUCUCUGCAACGUUUUGAUGAACAUCACUGUACUCGAAGCGAAAUUAGUAGAGAAGUCAUCGACGUUUAUUUCUUUACUGAAAUUCAUUUUCAACAAUCUCCCUGAACUCAAGCAAAUUCCAGAGAAUUUGGUGCUGCAUGGUCAUUUCGCAGUUCUAGGAUUACUAUUAUUGAAGCAACAGGCGAUGCACGUUAAAAAGAACGAUUUUUCUAUCUGUCGAUAUAUUCAGGCUACGAUAAGAUUCUUAUGGGAUGCGUAUAUCAUUGAUGAGAGUAACGAUCCAACCGAACUCGUGGUUGCCAUUUCGUACAAGGAAAGAUGGACGGAACUUAUGGAACUGUGGUUUCUUGGAAUGCAAACGAUGGCUGCAGUGUUGAAGGUCAUACCCUGGCUUUCGCAGUUCACGCUCGAGUCUGGUUGGGCAGAAGAGAUUAUUGAAACCCUGAAGAAAGUAAAGAUAGGAAGUCUUGAACCGCAUGUAAAAUCUGCUUUUGAAGAUCUUUUAUGUCAUUUAGUCCAAGCAGAUGAAAAUGUUGCUCCGGUUUUGAAGAAACGCGGAGCUUUGACCGUGUGUAGAAAUCAUCGUAUGAUGGAACUUGGAAAAUAUCUUUUCGGGGACUAGGACAAUCUAUUUGGUUUACAUAUGUUAUUCAGUUGAAUAUUCGAUCGAUUACCUAUGUAUUUGUAUGCCUAUUUUCGAGUUUUGCAAAACAGCACGCAAUAAAUAAAUAUAAGUUAGAUAGCACAUCUCUGGAAAUAGUUUUCUGGCAAGCGAUGGACUUAACUAAUAUGUAUUUACUGCUACUACGAUAUACUAAAUAAGAGUGCUCUGUAUCCAAAUGUUAAUACAAUCUAGAGUGUAUGUACAUACUUAAAAAGUUGUUUCCGUGUAACGAAACAGUUUUGUAAAACGAUACGUGAUUUUAUAUUAAAGUGAAAAUCGUUUUUCUAAACUAAA